AUCGUAAUCACCAUCAUGCUUGCCUAAUUGGCUUGGCUUGCUCGCUUGAUUUAUUAACCAUUAUCAAUCAUUAUUGAUAUAUAAUAUGCGAGUGUUUGGAUUUCGAGGAAAUCAACCAGAGAUUCCGCCACCAUCUUCUCCGCCACACUAUGGCGGGACACUCUGUCUCCGAUGAUCAUCCAACCGUCACUACUCCUCUACUACGCAACCGGUGGCCGCGCCCUCGCCUACCGGAUUCCAUCAAGCUUAAAACUUCACUCUGGUCGGAGCUCUCUGGGGCCGUCGGCGAUCUCGGCACGUACAUCCCAAUCGUUCUGGCCCUUGCUUUGGUGAACAACCUGGACCUCACAACUACCCUCGUCUUCACCUCUCUCUAUAAUAUCGCCACCGGUUUGCUCUUCGGGCUUCCCAUGCCGGUCCAGCCCAUGAAGUCCAUCGCUGCGGUCGCCAUCUCUGAAUCGCCUCCCCUCACUAUCCCCCAAAUAGCUGCCGCCGGCCUGUCUGUCGCCGCUGUUCUCCUCCUCCUUGGCUGCACCGGCCUCAUGACCUUCCUCUAUCGUUACCUCCCCCUCCCCGUAGUUCGCGGCAUCCAACUCUCCCAAGGUCUCAAGUUCGCUUUCUCCGCCGUCAAAUACAUUCGUUACUAUCAAGACAUCUCCGCCUCCAAAUCCGGUCCUCCUCGUUCCUGGCUAGGCUUCGACGGCCUCAUCAUCGCUCUCUCCGCCGUUCUGUUUCUCAUCCUAACCACUGGCGCCGGGGUCGAUGAUCACAGCGAAACAAUGAAUCUCAGCCAGGAAGAAGAAAACGAAACUCAACCCGACCCGAAGCUCAAGAUUCGAAGGAGAUUGCGGGUUUUAUCAGCAAUUCCAGCUGCUCUCAUAGUGUUCUUAUUCGGCUUGAUCCUCUGUUUUAUCCGUGACCCUUCUAUAAUCAAGGAUUUGAGAUUCGGUCCAUCGAGGAUUUCCGUAAUACACUUCACGUGGGAGGAUUGGAAAAUAGGGUUUCUCCGGGGAGCGAUUCCGCAGAUUCCACUAUCAAUUUUAAACUCAGUAAUAGCAGUAUGUAAACUCUCAGGCGAUCUGUUCCCCGAAAAAGAAGCUUCGGCGAUGAAAGUUUCGGUGAGCGUCGGGAUGAUGAACUUCGUGGGUUGCUGGUUCGGCGCCAUGCCUUGCUGCCACGGAGCUGGUGGGUUGGCCGGUCAGUAUCGAUUUGGGGGAAGAAGCGGAGCUUCAGUGGUAUUUCUGGGGAUCGCGAAAUUGGUGCUUGCUCUGGUUCUGGGGAACUCAUUCGUUAGGAUUCUGAACGAAUUCCCGAUAGGAAUCCUUGGGGUACUCCUGUUAUUCGCAGGGAUUGAACUGGCCAUGGCUUCUAAGGACAUGAACACGAAGCAAGAAUCGUUUGUGAUGUUGGUUUGUGCUGCAGUUUCUCUCACGGGCUCAGGUGCUGCUCUAGGGUUUGGAUGUGGCAUGGUGCUGUAUCUGGUUUUGAAAUUGAGGGAAUUUGACUGGUCUUCCGCUUCAAACAAAUCCAAAUCUUCUGAGGAAGAAGGAAGCAGCUCCAUUGCCUGAGACAAAUCCUGUUCUUGCUUCACUUUUUGCUGCAACUAUGGGGUUAUGUCCCUUUGAAAGGAUCACACACAAACACCAUGUGAUCUUGUGGCAGCUUCCAUUUUCUAAACCUUGCUUCCUUUUUCACAAGCCUCUCAAGCAUCCUUUCCUCUACUUAACCUUGCGUAUUGUGUAUUGUAAAUUAUACAUAUAAUCAGAGUAACAUAGCAUCUAAUUGUAUUUAUUAUUUAUAUAACCUUUGUGCAUGAGUUAGUGAGCCCCAGAGCGUGCUUUA